UAUUAGAAAUUGAAAAGAAAAUUAAAACCUAACUCAUUAUGGCUAUUCGAUUCAUAAAACAGUGGCUUAAAACAGGCUUUCGCCACGUAAACUUCAGACUAAAUUGGUUAUCAGGUGUAUUAAAAUGGAGCCAAUCGAAUAGGAAGGACUAUCAAAAUAAUGUAAUUUCUCGAGAAAAUUGCGAGAAAGCAAAAGCCAGGAGGAGUACAAUUUCGAACUCGCCCGCCCAUUCAGGACACAGUUUCAGCUCCAGUUCAGCUCCAGUUCCGGCCUUCAAUCUGCCAAAAAAGAAAGUUGUCGGCGUGCGUCGCUCGAACCGCAUCAGAUGGAAGACGAGGCUCAGCCAGAAUAUGGGCAUGGCUGCCAGUUCGCUGCCCAUCAGCUUGAGCGACCAAUUGGCGGAGCCGGCCAACAUGGAGGCCAUCAACAAGCAAUUUCUGCUCAGCGAGGGUUUGCUCACGUUCAGGCUGCUCCGCGAGAAUCAAUAUCGAUGCUCCAGGCGGCUGAGUCGGGAGAGAGCGGAGACGGACUGCACCUGCAGUGGCGACAAGACGGCAGAGGGUCGCUGCGGAACGGGCUGCAUCAACCGAAUGCUGAUGAUCGAGUGCGGUCCGCUGUGCAGAAACGGAGAUCGUUGCACAAACAAACGCUUCCAGCUGCAGCAGGGCCGGCCCUGCCGCGUCUUUCGCACCGAGAAGAAGGGCUUUGGGCUCGCAGCCGAGCUGCAAAUCCCAUCCGGCGAGUACAUCAUGGAGUACGUGGGUGAGGUGAUCGACAGCGAGGAGUUCCAGCGACGGCAGCAUUUAUACGCAAGGGACGGCCAGCAGCACUACUACUUCAUGGGGCUGCGGGGCAAGGCCAUCAUCGAUGCUACGAUGGGCGCCAACAUCUCGCGUUUCAUCAAUCACAGCUGCGAGCCGAAUGCAGAGACCCAGAAGUGGCUGGUCAACGAGGAGGUGAGGAUAGGCCUUUUCAGCGUGAAGUGCAUAAUGCCGGGGGAGGAGAUCACCUUCAACUAUCGCUACCAGCAGUACGGUAAUAUUCCACAGCGUUGCCACUGCGAGGCGGCCAACUGUCGCGGCUGGAUUGGCCUCGAGCCAGGAUCGGACGAUGGGGUGGAGAGCGAGAAGAGAGAUUCCAUCAAUAAUCCAUCAAACACAUAAUUUAUGGCUGGAUGGAUUGCAGUGGUACUUGUUGAGCAUAACACACACACAUCUGCUGUCACCUCAAACUAAAUCAAAGCAGACGAUCUGUGAGAAGCAACAACCAGGUUAAAACAAUA